ACUUACUUCAAUCAGUGGUGUUCAAGGGAGAACGCUCCACGUCCUUUCAUCCAGCGAGAACGACUCGCUGCGAACAGCUUCCGACCAAGCCAGCGGUGGCAUCUUCCGUUGGUACCCGGCCUCCUCACAAGUACUGCCCUCUUCCUUAGGUAAAUCUUACACAUUCAGCAAGGAAUUCUGGCCGUGAUAUUGCCCAUUAUUGGUACAGUGGUGGCAUGCGUUCUGCGCUCGAUUGGUGUGGUGGACGAGUUGGUCGUGUUUUCGGCAACAAUUGACUUCCCCCCUCGGCCUGCAUUCGCUUUCCUGCGGGCAAGAGGCCUACUCAGCAGCCGCUCACAGCACGGCUGACAGCUCGCACGUCUCAGUUUUCUCUCCUACAUAGUUAUUCAGCAACUAGGGGCAAGUAGACUGAUGGUGCGGUGUCUUGGUGGCUUCAAACUUUCCGUUAAUUGUUCACUGGUGCACUGUGCACACUCGCACGGCCAGGAAAACUAAGCUGGUAGGCGACGGAGAAGCAGUGUCGACCGUUCCAACAACGGUUCGUGUCCGUCCGGCAUCCUUAUAAAUAAUUACUGGACCAGACCGACCAUGUACGUGGGUGUGGAAGCGUCUCCCGGUCCGCCGUGUAUGCAGCACCGAUCCAAGAGCAUGACGGCGGCGUUGGAUUCUGUUCAGUGCGUCCAGUCCUCGGCCACCAUGAUCCGAUUGCGAUGCUUUAUCACAGGCGUUGUACUGGCACUAUCGAUACAUCACACUUCGGCAGCAGCAACACAAUGUUCACGAUCAGCGUACGUCCUGCAGAACUCCCAGCCCGUGCCGCAGUGUCUGCAAGGCUGGGCGCUCCCACGGCAACAGCUGCCCGCCGCUGCGGUGGCCAAUCAGCAAGCAGCAUCGUCGUCGCCGGAGCUUUACGCUCGCACGUGUCAGCCGUGCCACGCGUCCUGCUUGGAGUGCAGUGCUCCCGCAGAUGCCGAUCAGUGCACUGGCUGUGCCGGCAACCUAUAUCUGGACAGCACGUCCACCGGCGUAUCCGCUGUUGUGGGACGCUGCGUGGUGGCGCCGCAGUGUAGCAUUCGGACGCCGCGCACCGUCAACGUCACCGCGCGUAUCGCUCAGACCAUACGUCUCGUCGCCACCAGUACGACCACUGCCGUCGAUGUUGGUACUGCUGGUGCUGGUGGCAGUGUGCAGCGUGCAGGUCGCGUGGAAGUGUUCGCCGACGGCCGCUGGGGCACGGUGUGCUCGCGUGACGUGGAUUUGACCGCAGCCAGCGCCAUCUGCCGCCAGCUCGGCCUGGGCGAGGCCGUCGACAUACUCGCAACUGCCCACGUCGGUAUGGGCACGGGGCCGGUUGCCGUUGGUAACCUGCGCUGCCAGGGCAAUGAAGUUGAUAUCCGCGACUGCACCUACCGGACAUUUGUCGACGACUGUUCCCAUAGUAACGAUCUUGGUGUGCGGUGCUCUGGACCUAGAUCGCAUCAGACGUGCGCCAGCGACUGUCCGAACGGAACGUUCGCCGUGUCGACGACUGCCGGCUCGUGUGAGCUGUGUGAGACAAGCUGUAAAACAUGCGCCGAGGUCUCGUACGCCUGCACCAGUUGCUACGGGAACGCCGUCCUUCACCAGUCGGAGUGCUUGCCCUCGUGCCCAGGCGGAUACUACUCGGCAAGCACUGGUGACGGGGGUGAGGUCUGUCUUCGGUGCAAUCGCAAUUGCUCCGAGUGCAGCGGACCUCGCGCCCAGGACUGCACGAGCUGUCCGCCCGACCGGCUGGCACUGGGCAGCGGACGCUGCGAUGGGGAACACACGUGCGCGGACUGCGCGCAGUGUGCCGGCCUCUGUGGCGCGACGCACGUCUGUCUGCAGAACGAGCUGUCGGUGAGCGCUGACGGCUUCUUGCAGAUCGUGAGGCGGAGGAGUGCAUCGUCGCCACCGGGUGGUAGUGCCGCAGUCGCUGGCCUGUUGGAGUCCGUGCUGAUCUGCGGGGACGCGUUUACCAUUCGCGAUGCUCAGGUGGCGUGUCGGCAGCUGCGCCUGGGAUCUGCCCUGCGCCUUGUCAACGACUCGCAAGGUACUACACCAACUUCACCCGCCACUUCCUAUCUAACGGGCUACCAUUGCCAGGGACAUGAGCUAGGUCUGGAGUUCUGUAGAGUGCCGGUGGUAGCGCCGACCGCUACGUGUCUCUCGCGUGCUGCCGUGCAGUGCAGCCGUCCCGUUGCUAUGGUUGCUGCCUCCACAGCGCCGCAAGUGACGCGUCUCCAGUGCCUGGAGACUUGCCCAGACGGCUGGCUGCUGGUCGGUGCGUUGUGCAUUCCGUGUGAUGCAUCGUGCAUGCGAUGCGUCGGCACCACUUCGCAGUGUUCCGUGUGUCCAGCGGGGCGAUUUCUCUCGGGGACCGCGUGCGUUCAAGCAUGCCCCGCGGACAUGUACGGCGAUAGUGGCACUGCGGAAUGCGCACCGUGCUCCUCGGCGUGUGCCACGUGCGCUGACGGAGACACUGGCAACGUGUGCACGUCCUGUGCAGUCGGCCUGCUGCUCGACGUGUCUGACUGUGUGUCCACAUGCAUCUCACCGAGACUUGCACUCAAUGGCUUGACGUGCGUCGACCUGUGCCCGCGUGGGUCGUAUGCGGAUUCCGCGAUGCUCGUGUGCAGGUCAUGUGACCAGCAUUGCGUGCAGUGUUCAGCACGUGAGAAUGCAGGCACUGGCAGCACCUCCGUCUGUCACCAGUGUGAGCCAGGAUGGUUUCUAACUGCAGAGGGCACGUGUCUGUCCACGUGCCCGCCUGGAUUCAUCCCGCAAGCACGGUUCUACGCCGCCGCCUCCGCGUCGGUUCGUCUCGUGGACGGAAUGACCGGGGAUGAGGGCAGGCUUGAAGUCCUGCACCAGGGCCAGUGGGGUACGGUGUGCGCCGACGGCUGGACCCUCCAGGCUGCCAUAGUAACCUGCCGACAGCUGGGCUACGAGAAUGUCAGCGUUGCCUUGACGACGGCAUACUCCAAUGCAAGCGCCUCGGUCAACAUUUGGCUGGACGACGUCGGUUGCCGUGGCGACGAGGCAGAUCUACUACAAUGCCGAAGCUCUGGUCUGGGACAGAGCAACUGUCUCCAUAGCGAUGAUGUUGGCAUCGAGUGCUCGGUACCAACCGCACAUGUCUGUGUAGCAAGCUGCUCGGACGGGUUCCUGCCGGAGCGUCUUGUUGUCGGGGGUAGCCUGCAGUGCGUGCGCUGUUCAAUGGAGUGCCGCCGGUGUGCCAGUCAAUUCGACCACUGUACCAGCUGUCACGCUCCAUCGCUGCUGCACGGUACCGACUGCGUGCCCACCUGUCCUGGCGGUUACUAUGGCGACGAGGUCUUGCAGGCAUGUCGGCGCUGCCAUGCCUCGUGUGAAGAAUGCUCUGGGCCAACGGCAAGCGACUGCGUGUCCUGUUCAAUGCCAACGUAUCUAUACCCUAAUGCAAUUGCCAAUUCCAGCAGCAGCAGUAGCAGUAGCAGUAGCAGUGGUGCUGCAGGUGGUGUUGCCGGCAGUGGACCCGGUGUAUGUGUGGAGUCCUGCUCGCCCGGUUUCAUCUCCGCACCGAGUGCAACAGUGAGGCUUGUUGAUGGAGCUAGUUCUCUGCAAGGUCGUGUGGAGGUGUUCUACAAUGGUGAAUGGGGUACAGUGUGUGACGACUACUGGGAUCUACGCGAUGCACAGGUUGUCUGUGGCCAGCUGCGUCUCGGCACGGCGCUGGUGGCGCAGCGUGGUAACCGUUACCAGGGCGAUAGCGGUGGCCAGCGAUCGCGACCCGUGUGGCUGCGCGAUUUCACGUGCAGCGGCGUCGAAGCUGACCUGCACAGCUGCCAAAUAGCAUCUUGGGGGACAAACGUGUGCAGUCAUGACGAGGAUGCAGGCAUCGUCUGCAGUGGUCCUGACGUGAGUCGUCUUUGCGUGGGCACGUGCCCAGACGGAUACACGGUCCUGGAGCCUGGCAACACCAAUGGAGACGGUGUGGGUGCCGGCAUCACGUUGGCAAGGCAAUGCGUGCGUUGCGAUGCAUCGUGCCUGACGUGUGCUCAGCGUACCGACAGGUGUACCACGUGUCAACCAGGUCUCCGAUUGCAAGGUACGCAGUGUGUGCUGCAGUGUGGUGACGGGUACUAUGUGAGUGAAGACGGCGCUGGCAGCAUCGACUCCACCGGCGCUACGGUUCAGCAGGGCCAGGGUGGUGAUGGUGGCAGUGACGUCACCAGCAGCAGCAGCAGCAUCACGUGUCUUCCAUGCAGCAGUGCCUGUAGGACGUGUACAGGACCGGGUAUCGAUAGCUGUCAGGACUGUAACUCAGGAUUCUAUCUGAAAGAAAGUAGCUGUCAGAGCGACUGUUCAGCGUCACGCGACGAGAUGGUGCUGACAAGAAACACGACGGCAGAAGCGCUGGGAAUACGCUUAGCUGGAGGUGGUGGCGACGCCACUGUCCCUUCGUCAUCUCCCCGGCUCGGCGGACGUGUCGAGGUGCUUAUCAACGGUCGCUGGGGCACGGUGUGCGACGAUCUAUUCGAUCUGCGCGAUGCGCUCGUUGUUUGUCGGCAGCUGGGCCUCGGACCGCCGACGGAGAUCGUGCGCCUUCUCGGCAGCUCGGCAUUGAACAUCACCCAGACGGCUCUGCCAAUUCUGCUGGACGACCUGAAGUGUGUGGGCGUAGAGGACAGUCUUCUUGAUUGCGAGUACGGCCAGUCAAACUGUGGACAUUCGGAGGAUAUUGGCAUUGUGUGCUCGCCGCGGGCAGUGCAAGCGCAGCAGUGCGUGAACUCGUGCCGCAGUGAGGACGGCCGUUAUCGUGUGAACGCUGGGCAGUGUGCGGUGUGCGCGUACCCGUGCCAGACCUGUGACGGCGCGACGGCGUCAAGCUGUGUGACGUGUCGCGAUCGGCAUUACCUUGACGACGGCGGCAGCAGCAGCUCGGCGGCAUGUGUACGCUCCUGUCCCCGUGGUAUGUAUGGCAACACGGACCUGCGCCAUUGCCUUCCCUGCAGCGGUGAAUGCUCAACAUGUUACGACGGAGUCAACGCCUCUCUCUGUCGUACCUGUCCCGCCGGUCGUGCCCUGCAUGGCACCAGUUGCCUGGCAACCUGUCCGGACGGCAUGGUAACGCUUGAAUCCAUCCUUCCGCUCACCACUGGCACUAGUGACAACCUGUGCACGGCAGAUCAGCGUUUGUGCUUACGGGAUGGUGACAGUAAUGCCGGAGGACGAAUUGACCUGAGACUCACCGCCAAUGCCACCAGCGGAGGCAGCAACGCAACAGACGAUGGUGGAACUACUACGCACACAAACACGUCUGUUUUCGGCACGGUGUGCGACGAUCUGUUCGAUCUCGUCGACGCCAGCGUAGUAUGCCGUCAGCUUGGUCUCGGUUUGGCCUCGUCAACCCUACGUGCCAUUAGCAAUCACAUACCGGCGGGAACCGGGCCGAUAUACCUCGACGACGUCGAGUGCAUCGGCUCGGAGAAGUCCAUUCUCGACUGCCCGGCCCGGUCGGGGCAGGGCUGCUCUCACAGUGAGGACGUGGGCGUUCAGUGCGACCCGGGCGCAGCUCUGAGCGUGGAGAAUCAGUGUGUGCGCGUUCGCAUCGGCAAGUGCACAUCACGGUCUUGUUAUCCUGGUACCGGCUGCUUGAACAUCGGGCUGAAUGAAUUUGUGUGCCUCGGCUGUCCUCUUGGCUACAUCGGGGAUGGUGUGGAGUGUAUCGCAUACUCGCUGACUUCACCCAGUGUCGAGGACGCUCCCGUUGACUUGUUCAUAGGAGGUGGUCAGACGCCCGCUUUCAAAUGUCUAACCGCCGGCAACCCAGCCCUGAACUGGUACAAGGAUGGUGUUCUUCUUCCUGUGGCUCUGCCUGACCUCACACCCAACGCCAGGUACUUCAAUCUGCUCUCGGCGUCAGCGGAGAUCAGCCAUCUCGGCACGCUGUCCAUUGCCAGGUUCGAGCCGGCGGUGGACACGGGACGGUACGACUGUGUCGUGCGCAACACACGCGGAGAACGGAGAGCAUCGGCAACUCUCCAACUACCAGUUGCCGUGGCGAUAACCUCGUUCCCGGACGUUACUGUGGCAACCGGUGCCGAUGCUGUCCUUGCCUGUACGGUGCGAGGACGGCCCGUUCCCGCGGUUGCAUUCUUCCAUAACGGCGUUGCCAUAGAGACCCGUAACUCCAGUUUUCAAACGACCAAGUACAAGAACAUAACCGAUACUUCCUUACUCAUCUACAAGACAAGCCUGGUAGAUAACGGUGUGUAUGAAUGUCGAGCCACAUCCCAGGUUGCAGGGGCUUUCAUGGAAGUUACGAGAAACGCCACGCUAUCCGUUUUGGAUCUGCCCGUAUUCACUCAGCGACCGACGGACGUAUCCAUAGCAGAGGGUGGCAGCUGGCUGUUUCCCUGUGUUGUCCUGGCGACGGGGACGGCGGUAUCGUCACCCUCAUCCGUGUCAGCUACAGCUCGCCUAUGGACAUGGAACGACCGACCCAUCGUCGAAUCACGUCAGCGCUUUCUCCUGCACCCUGACGGCAGUCUGGCCAUUGUCGGAGCGCUGCACUCGGACGGUGGUCGUGUUAGCUGCAUAGCCAGCAACCUAGCCGGCGUUGUGUCCGCCAGCGCUACUCUGAAUGUCAGAGGCGUGUGGAUUGAUGAGAACUCCACCAUAUCGCUGACGUGCGGUGCAGGACUGCCCCCAAGCGCUGUGGCAACCUGGACGCACGACACUGUCGCCUUGGCAACCGGGAACCGAGUGCAGGUAUCGCGCGAUGCGUUGACGAUUGAACGCGCCGCGCCGCAAGAUGCCGGUGUCUAUCAGUGCGUUGCCACGGAGAUUGGCCCGCAGGAUGGGAGGCCAGUACAAGUAGUGAAAACGCACACUGUCUUUAUUUCAUUUCCUCCGCGCCUGCCAGCAGCGGAAACAUCAUCACUCACCGCAGCAGCAGCAGCAGCAGCAGCAGCCACAGCAGCGGGGGCGGUGAUGGAGAUAUCCACCAAGCUGCUAUCCAGUGUUGCACUGGUCACCAGCAUCCAGGCGCCAUCCGAUGCUCUCGUCACAUGGGACAAGGACGGCGUGACCGUCGUCCGCGGCAACCCUACCACAGCGACGACAUUGCCGGCGGCAACAGGCGUGUACCGGUUGUACAGGCUGUCCGUGGACGCGAGGACCCUGCGGAUAUGCGCAGCCCAGCGUAGCGACGCCGGUAGAUUCCGCGUAACCGUGACGCAUCGCCUUGGCAAUGCCACACAAGAGUUCAUUCUGGAGGUUCACGGUCUGGACGGUGCGCAAUCCUCCAGCGCCGAGUCACGCCCGUACCUCGUUGGAGUGAUCAUCGCGGCCGUGGUCGUCGGCAUCAUGCUCAUUGUGCUCGUCCUCGUCGUUGCACUGCUCAACCAACGACGCAGCAGUAGCAAGGGACACAAUCUUGAUCGCGUUCGUAACGGUGGCCGAUGCGGUGGCGGCAGCAAUGGUUACUACGGAAACGCGUUGGUGCCGACGGACGGUCAUGCCGAGAACGGUGGUGUAAUAACUGACCUGGACUCGCAGCAGAGCAUGCACAGCGGCGCUGGCGGUGGCGGAGACUGUGCUAACGUAUUCCGCAGCACAUUGUCAUCUUCGUCGUCGUCGGAGUGCAGGCCAAGUGCGCCGCGGCGCAUGGAGUCGCUACAGUACCUUGUCGCCGACCCGCACGUGGCCGAGCACAACGUAUAGCGCAGACCAGGUGUGCAGUGCAGUGUGCUGGCUGGCAUUGUCAGACCAGGUAUACAGUGCAAUGUGCUAGCUGGCAUUGUCACUGUUCAGUGUUUACUCCACAAUUCUUCGUGGACUGUGGUCAGAGUUAUUUAAAUUGUUUGUAAGUCGCACCGCCAUUUCUAUGAUGGCGGUGAUGGUUAACAUGGGGGUUAACGAGGGGGGGGGCAUAGUGCAAGAGUGCACGAUCAACAUGCUUGAGCUGUGUGCACGCGACCUGGCCACCAAUGUGUGGUUUAGGUGAUAAGGGAGCGAUCGGGAUUCUCCUAUCCACGUCCACAGCAUGUCGUACUGUUCAGUGGUGAUAAGGCUCAUUGACACCUAUCCGAGGCUCUGCCUGGCUCAUAGACCUCUCUGUCUUACUCUCUCUCUCUCUCUCUCUCUCUCUCUCUCUCUCUCUCUCUCUCUCUCUCUCUCUCUCUCUCUCUCUCUCUCUCUCUCUCUCUCUCUCUCUCUCUCUCUCUCUCUCUCUCUCUCUCUCUCUCUCUCUCUCUCUCUCUCUCUCUCUCUCUCUCUCUCUCUCUCUCUCUCUCUCUCUCUCCCCCCCCCCCCCCUCUCUCUCUCUCUCUCUCUCUCUCUCUCCCUCCCUCCCUUCAGCACUGCAGCCACUGAGGCUGUGGCCUUGGACACACUUUAUAGUAGUUCGUGCUAGAUUCUGUAAUCAGAGCACGAACCCUGUUCACCUAAUGUGCUACAUUCUACCCUGUAACCCAUGGCAUUGCGUAACAGUGUGCAGACUGUUGAUGACUCAUUGAUUGUUAACACAUGUGUAAUGCAUACUAGAUCUGCCGAAGUAUUUAUCCCUGUAUUAAAUGGCCUGGCUUCUCCAGCAUGGCUGGCCUUCAACAACACGUGCAACAUGAACCAGUGUUUGUUUGUACAGCCUACUGCACACAGCUGUGUCAUUGUGAACACUAAUGACGUAUUAUCACUCCCUUAGUAUUGACUUCCAUAGAUUUUUGCUAUACCUAAGCAGUCAAAUAUUCCUGCAUAUUUCACUCCUUAGGGCUAUAUUUACCGCUUAUAUUUGACUCCUUUUUAGCGAUUGAA